UUAGCUUUUGGCUAAAAAACGCUAAAAAAAAGUCGACGUGCUUUUUUAACAUACGACUUUUUUUAGCAUACGCAUCAGUAAAAAUGAGUUAAACAUAUCUAGGAAUUAUUAAUCAACGUGCAUUCAGUGUUAAUAUUGUGUAGUUUAGUAACAUUUGGGAACCAUUUACAGUUAAAUACUCUAAUCCAGUCUUUACAUUACCCUAGAAUUACCGUAUAUACUGUGGCUGAACAUGAUAAUGGAGUGUUUGGUUUUUAACCACGACUGCGAGGCUAAAUCUCACAGGACCCUCAUGUGAGAGCUGCUACUGUGGACUUAAACACCAGACGAACACGCCGAAUAACUGAGGCAGGAGGCGACCUGCUUAAAAAGCCCGGCGGUGAGUGAAUCUCGGCGCGAAGGACUUUUUAAGGAGCAGAACUUUCACUCCUGUCCCUGUGAGUUUCCUGUUGGACAGCAGAGAGAGAGAGAGAGAGAGAGAGAGGAGGGGGCAGAGAGACGAAGAGGACCAGCCAAACUUCCUCUCAUACAUACUGUAUAACCGGGACGCUGCUGCAAGUGUUCAGAGACGCAACGUUAAGAAGUGAAAAAGCGACCCAGAAAGAUAUCAGACUACUCUUCAGGAUCAUUCAGAUCCAUCAGCGGGUUGAUCCUCCAGGAGCACAUACAGCGUCUAUAGAAGGAAACCAUGAAGAUGCUCCUGCCUCUGCUAAUCCUUCAGCUGCUCUUGGCUCCGGCACUCAUGGUGCCUAGCAUUGAUCACUGGGAUGUGUGGGGUCAAUAUGGAGAAUGCAGUCGUAGCUGUGGUAGUGGUGUGGCCAUGAGGACAAGACGCUGUAUUACUCACAGAACUGAUGGAGGACACAACUGUGUUGGGCCAGAUAAGUCCUACCGCUUCUGCAACGCCCAGGAGUGCCCAGAGGGAUCCAAGGAUUUCCGUGAGGAGCAGUGCUCCCACUUUGAUGGCACAGACUUUCAGGGGAAACGCUACAAGUGGCUCCCUUACUUUGGAGCUGAGAAUCCCUGUGAGCUCAACUGCAUGCCAAGAGGAGAAAACUUUUACUACCGCCACCGCAGUGCUGUGGUUGAUGGUACACCCUGUCACCCCGGACGGAAGGAUAUUUGUGUUGACGGAGUCUGCAAGCGUCUUGGUUGUGACAACAAGUUAGACUCGACUCAACAAGAAGACCCCUGCCUUCAGUGUGGGGGUAAUGGACAGUCCUGCUACCAGGUCAAGAACAGCUUUACUGUAGGCAACCUGCCGACAGGCUACAACCAGAUGUUUAUCAUCCCUGUGGGGGCCACAACCAUCAGCAUUAAAGAGACGGUGGCCACACGCAACUACCUGGCUAUCAAGAACCUACGUGGGGAGUAUUACCUCAAUGGACACUGGGUAAUUGAGUUUUCCAGGGCAACAACCAUCGCAGGUACCAUGCUGUACUACCAGAGAGGCGCUGAGGGAGAAAACGUGCCUGAGACAAUUAUCGGCCGUGGUCCCACCACUGAACCUCUGGUCGUCGAGCUGAUCAGCCAAGAGCCAAACCCAGGAGUGGAGUAUGAGUAUUAUCUUCCUAAUGGACGCUCCAGGGAAGGAUACUACUGGAGUUUUGGUUCCUGGUCAGCCUGCAGCAAAGAGUGUGGAUCAGGCUACCAGUCCCGCUCUGUCUUCUGCACAAUUGAUAAUGAAGCUUUUCCCGACUAUCUCUGUGCGUCUCUGCCGAGACCACAGUCUAACCGUACAUGCAAUCCCCAACAAUGCCCGGAAACACACAGUUGGAGAACUGGAGAGUGGAACACCUGCUCAGUUACCUGUGGUGGAGGCUCCCAGAUUCGUAGUGUUCAGUGUAUCUCCCAUGAUGCUUCAGGAACCCGUGUGGUAGAAGAUGCUGUUUGUGCUGCUUAUGCCGAGGCACCUACAUCACUGCAGACCUGCAAUAUGCAAAAAUGUGCCGAGUAUCACGUGACCAGUUGGAGCGCAUGCUCAGUGACCUGUGGUUCAGGUGAACAGACCAGAGAAGUGACCUGCGUGGGUUCAGAUGGGACAGCGUUGGAGGAGUCGUUCUGCAGCUUAUUGCCCCGACCUUCUGCAGUGCAACCCUGUGAGACGGCUCCCUGCCCCAAAGAGAUCAGAUGGCACGUUGGAGAGUGGGGUCUGUGCUCCAGGAGCUGUGGUUCUGGUUCUCGAGAACGUCAGGUGAUCUGCUCAGACACAGAGAUGAACCUGUAUCCUGUGAUCAAGUGUAAGACCAUCCCUAAACCCCCUACAGUGGAGCGCUGCAACACACAGCCCUGCUACAGACCGCAGGUCGUUCCAAGCAUUCAGGACCCCCGAGGACAUGAUGUCACACAGACUGGCUUCCAGCCCUAUGUUCCUGAUCAGGCUACAGCCCACAGACCAGAGACGGAUGUGAACCAGACGAACACAGUCUUGGACCCUCACAGCUCGGCCCCUGCUCCCCACUGCAGUCAGUCUUAUUAUGGCUGCUGCCCAGACGGACACACAUCAGCAGGAGGCCCCCACAGUGUGGGCUGUCCACUGGCCCCAGCUCCCACUCCUGCUCAGCCAUCCUGUGUCCAGACCAGUCAUGGCUGCUGCCACGAUGGAGUAACUGUCGCUCAAGGCCCCAACAAGGAGGGAUGUGUGGAGUUUGUGGCUCCUGCACCAACUAGUGCUCCUCUCCCUACUGAGAAUGCAGUCCAGUGCAGAACCACCACUUACGGAUGCUGUUUCGACCGCGUCUCUAUUGCAGCAGGACCCAAUGGAGAAGGUUGCCCUGAUCCACCAAACCACAUUGAGCGCAACAUCUGCUCCUUGCCUCGCGCUGCCGGUUCCUGCAGCAGCUGGGUUUCACGCUACCACUUCAACGUCAUCACCUCCAAGUGUGUGCACUUCUGGUAUGGAGGUUGCCACGGCAAUAACAACAACUUCAUGACCCGAGCAGAAUGCCUGAGAGCCUGUCCGGAGCCUUCUGUGAGCCAGCCGGCACAGGGCCCUGCACUUCAUGCUAGAGAAGAAUCAAACCCCGGAAGAACCUUAUCCAGUGCUGGCAGUUCAUCUAGAGCAGGAGGAUCCACCUCCUCCUCUUCCUCCUCCAUGUCCAGGAUUUUUACAGUCCGUGGAGGUUCAGCCAGCAGACAGGCCACAAGCGCUGCCACAAAUGCUCACAGAGGCAGAUUCUACCUGCGGGCACGCCAUCCUUCACGUGGCACUGCUGCUCAGCACAGCGGCCCAGCUGCCAGUCUGACCCUGGGUCAGGUGACCAUUGACAAAACAGACCCAUCCACGGUGGAGGCCUUGGUGGGACAGACAGUGGUGCUGCCUUGCAGAGUCAGUCCCCCGCCGUCCUCUACUGUCAUUGUAGAGUGGAGGAGAGACGGAGUCCCUCUGUCCACUCACAGACAUCACCAUCAGCCCAGUGGUUCCUUGUUGGUGGGGCCUCUAACUGAAGCAGACUCUGGUUGGUUUUUGUGCCUGGCCAGACAGGAACGUGAGCGUGAUCACCGCUACAUUUACCUUUCUGUCACAGAGGGACCGUCUCAGCCCAUUCCAACACUCACUAAAGGUCUGUUACCCCGGUUCAGCAUCGACCAAUCAGGUUCAUCGCUGCUAGAAAUGAAAUCAGGACAAACAGUAAGACUGCCCUGUCUUAUUGUCCCUCCCUCUGCUCUGCAGUCAGUUUUGAUUCAAUGGACAAAAGAUGGACACACCUUAAGUGACCCCAGAUACAGCCCAAAUUCUGAUGGCACACUGGUCAUCAGUGGACUGAAGUCUGAGGAUUCUGGUGUUUACACCUGCACGGCCUCCAGUCCACAUCAGUUGGAGCAGAGACAACUGCAGCUCAAAGUCCAAGUGGACCUGAAGAUCACCACAGCUCCAAACAAUGUCCAGGUGUCUGAGGGCAGCACAGCUGUUCUGCCCUGUGUGGUGUCAGGAGACAACAUCAACAUCGGCUGGUCCAGGAACGGUGUCCUGGUUCGUCCAGAUGGUCACAACGUUCUGGUGUCGCCUGACGGCAGCCUGAUCCUGAAUAAUGUGAAGCCCUCCGACGAGGGCACCUACACCUGUAACGCUUACACUGGGAUCUACUCCGUCAGUGCUACAGCUGAAGUGAAGGUCACUAAAGACACACAGCUGGGUGGUGGUGAUGGUGUUCCUCCAGAAUGUGUGGACCAGCCUGAGCUGGCGAACUGUCAGCUGAUCGUCUACGCCCGGCUCUGCUCCAACUCCUACUACUCCAGUUUCUGCUGCUUCAGCUGUACCAGGCAUCAACAGAGCAACAACAGGUUUGGACGACAGGUCUGACGCUGCGGAAAAUAGGUUUUUAAAACAAUGGAUACAGGGGUAUGAAGAAGCCAUGUUUCACCCACACACUUCCUUCAUAUUAACAGAAACAGUAGAUGUUGAGUUGAUACUUUGACACCACAGUCAAAGUGGUGAAUGGUUCAACAGUGACAAAAAUGAACUGAACAAAAUAUUGACAUUUUUUAAUCUUCUCAAUGGUUGAUACAGUUCACUGUAAAGAUCUAAGUCUUUUAAACCUUUUAUCACAGCUUGAAAUUUCAAUAUAUAAAACACUGUGACUUUUGACCUGACCUCUCACCAGGGGUCGUCACAGUGGUGUUCCUCAUAGUGAUCUGGUAGUUUUUACACUGGAUCCUCUUCCUGACACAGUCCAACCACUGCAACCCCGUCAUAAAUCCUACUAAACCCUUAUUGAUAUAGAAUUAAUAUUAAUUUGACUAACGCCUCCUCACUCUCCCUGAGGCCUGCGCCCCACUUUGGGAACCACUGCUUUAAGCCAACAGGCUUUAGUUUUCUAGUCUGCAUAAUGUCAUUGUCAAAGGACAAAACAGAGACAAAACAGAGAGUCAGAGUUGCUGCUGACUGGACUUCUGUCCUCUGACCUGUCUUUGGUUUAGAAUGAGACGAGGCCAGACGUCCCCGUAAUAUUUUAUAAUAAGUUAUUUCUCUCAGGUUUUACUGAAGGCCAAAGAGAUUCUGACAACACAUUCCACUGUCCUUUUGAUCAAUACUUCAUAUGUUAGUGCACCUGAUGCUGAUUCAGCAACAUCUGACCUGAACUGUGUUUUCAGUAUUUUCAUGUUGGUAUGUGUUAAUAAAAUCAUAUUUUAAUAAAAAAAUGAACAA